AUGGCGCCUGCUGCUCUGAUCGAUCAUUCUCCCCACCAACCCACGCCCGCGCAAAAGCUACCCUCUGCGAACAACCUCGUCCUCAUCGACAAUUAUGACUCCUUCACCUGGAAUGUCUACCAGUACCUCGUCCUUGAAGGCGCCACCGUCACGGUCUACCGAAAUGACAAAGUGACACUUGAAGAGCUUAUUGCCAAAAAGCCGACACAAUUGGUCAUCAGCCCUGGCCCAGGCCACCCUGACACCGAUGCGGGCAUAAGUCAAGAGGCAAUCAAACACUUUGCGGGCAAGAUUCCCAUCCUGGGGGUGUGUAUGGGACAACAAUGUAUUAUCUCGGUCUUUGGCGGUGAAGUGGAUGUUACCGGAGAGAUCCUCCAUGGAAAGACCUCGCCUCUGAGGCAUGAUGGCAAAGGAUGUUAUACCACAUUGGCGCAAGACCUCCCUGUCACGAGAUACCAUUCGCUCGCGGGGACACAUCCAACUCUUCCACAGUCGCUGGAGGUAUCUUCUUGGAUAGCCAAAGGGCCGGAUGGAGGCAAGGGAGUGAUUAUGGGUGUCCGCCACAAGGACUAUGUUAUCGAAGGGGUUCAGUUUCAUCCCGAAAGCAUUCUGACAGAAAAUGGUCGAGUCAUGUUCAAGAAUUUCCUGAGAAUGUCUGGCGGAAAGUGGUCGGACAACCCUCAGUAUGCUGCUCCUGACGCAGAAGCCAAAGCCGCCCUCAACGGUAGAGCACCCCCGAAGAAAGAAUCCAUCUUGGAAAAAAUCUACGCCCACCGACGACAGGCCGUUGCCGCUCAACGGCUCAUCCCAUCUCAGAGACUUGAAGAUCUCCAAGAUGCUUACGACCUCGGGCUCGCUCCUCCCCAAAUUUCCUUUCCCAAAAGGCUUCGACAAUCCCCCUACCCAAUUGCCCUCCUGGCCGAAAUCAAACGAGCCUCUCCUUCAAAGGGCAUUAUAUCUCUUGGGACCUGUGCUCCGGCACAAGCUCGAAAAUACGCUACAGCCGGCGCCAGUGUCAUUUCUGUGUUGACAGAACCGGAAUGGUUCAAAGGAAGCCUCGAAGACAUGAGACUCGUCCGCCAGGCUCUCGAUAGCAUGCCCAACAGACCCGCCGUGCUGCGCAAGGAAUUCAUCUUUGACGAGUAUCAGAUUCUGGAAGCACGAGUCGCAGGCGCAGAUACAGUUUUGCUGAUUGUUAAGAUGCUUGACGUCGAGACAUUAACGAGACUGUACCAUUACUCGAGAUCACUGGGGAUGGAGCCUCUUGUUGAGGUCAACACGGCAGAGGAGAUGAAAAUCGCGGUUGAACUGGGCGCCGAGGUUAUUGGCGUGAACAACCGCAAUCUCACAAAUUUCGAGGUUGACCUUGGAACGACAAGUCGGUUGAUGGAUCAAGUUCCGGAGUCCACGAUUGUGUGCGCUCUGAGUGGAAUAUCUGGUCCUCAAGAUGUGCAAGCAUACAAAAAGGAUGGUGUCAAAGCAAUUCUGGUUGGCGAGGCCUUGAUGAGGGCACAGAAUCCGGUUGAAUUUAUCGCCACAUUAGUAGGAGAUCCUGAUGUCCGACCGACACAGGGAACACGGACCAAGCACCUCUCCGUCAAAAUCUGCGGCACACGCACACCCGAAGACGCGAAAGCGGCGAUUGAAGCCGGCGCGGACCAAAUCGGCAUUAUCCUUGUGCCUGGCAGGAAGCGGUUCGUCUCAGACGAUGUGGCGCUACAGAUAGCAAAGGUUGUGAAAGAUACACCCCGCGCGGCGUCUUCCAAAUUCGUCAGUACAGUUGACGGAGUCGGGAGCGCAGAUUUCUUCAGCUACACCUCCUCACAGCUGCUUGUUCGUCCGGAUCGUGCUCUCCUCGUUGGUGUUUUCGUUGAUGCGCCUCUUCACCACAUAACCCAGCAAGUCCACCUAUUGGGUCUGGAUGCGGUACAACUCCACGGCUCAGAACCCUUGGAAUAUGCGAGGCAGAUUCCGGUCCCUGUUCUGAAAGCGUUCUCCCCGAAGGAUUGUGGAAUCAAUAGGAGAGGCUAUCAUUCCUUACCGUUGUUGGAUGCUGGAGGCGGCGGAUCAGGUACGCGGGUCAAUCUCAAUGACGUGAGAGCGCUGUUCCGGAAGGAUGACAGCCUCAAGGUGAUCCUCGCGGGAGGACUCACUCCGGAGAAUGUACAGGCGGUGCUGGAGGAACUAGGAAAAAAUUAUGUAGGCCAAAACAUUGUCGGUGUGGAUGUCAGCUCUGGGGUUGAGGUUGACGGGCGACGGAGUGCGGACAGAACGAAAGCAUUCAUAGAUGCUGUCAAGCAUCUGUAG